GAACAGAGGGAUCUCUGUGAUGGUAUUUAAGUCACUGUAUUCCAGGGCUCUCUGUUCAGAGCUCCAGUGUCACCCAACUCACUUGAAGCGAUGCGGGCUGCUGUGUUCCUCUGGACGCUGGCUCUCUUGUCACUCCCAGCAUCAGUCAUUUCAAAUGCUCAUUAUAUGGUCAUUUUCCCAGCUUUCAUUCAUCAUGGGAAUACAGAAAAAGUCUGCAUACUCAUACGUUCCCUACCAGAGACUGUCCACCUGUCAGUAACAUUGGAGUUACAAGCUAAGAAUCAUACUUUAGUGGACAAGGAUGUGUUGCAACCAGGGACCUUUGAGUGCUUCGACUUCCAGGUUCCAUCUUUUAGCCCCGAAGGAACUACUGCAGCCGGAUACGAAGAAGCAGUGGGCUAUGUCCAUGUCCUAAUCCAAAAAGAUGACAAUGUGAGAUAUAAGGGCCAGAAAAAGGUGCUGGUAGAAAAUGCUUAUCCAAAGAAUAUUGCGGAAACAGAGAAGCCCUUUUACAAGCCUGGAGAGACAGUUAGGUUUCGUAUAGUGAGACUCGAUGAAGAACUGAAGGCAAUUAAUAAACCAAUCUUGGUGGUGCAGCUGCUGACUCCUUCGGAAGACCUAAUUGGCCAGUGGUUGAAUGUGACAUCUCAUCAUGGCAUUGCAGAUCUGUCUUUCCCUUUGGCCUCUGAAGCGGAGCUGGGAAGAUAUUCCAUCAAAGUGGAAGGCAAAAGUGUGAAAACAUUUGAAGUGUGGGAAUAUGAGUUGAAUAAAUUUGAAGUGUUGUUUGUAGUCCCAUCAGUGGUCACGACUUCAGAGGAAAACUUUUGUGUUACAGUAUGUGGCAAGUAUACCUAUGGGAAACCUGUUCGAGGAAAUGUAAAACUUACUGUGGAAAGAGACCGAUCCUUUAUGUUUGAAGAUGCUGACACUGAACCACUGACUAUGAUGAAUAGAGACUACAAAGGGCAGACAAACAAGACUGGUUGCACAACUUUUACUAUUGAAGGAACAGAUGUUCAUCUGCAUCAGAAAGGCUUUAAUAACUUUAUCAGUCUUUUUGCGGAACUAGAGGAGGAAGGAACAGGGCUGACAAACGUAGCAAUGGAAACGAUCCCUGUUGCUGUGAAGGAAAUUACAGUGAAAAUGUUAAUACCCAAUCGAUUCUACAAGAAAGGCUUCCCGUUCACUGGAAAGAUCAUUGGAGCCAUCCUUGCCAAGCCUAUUCAGAACCAGACUAUCUACCUUACUGUUGAUGUUGAUGAUGAACAAACCCAUAUGCCAUUUAUCACAGAUGAAAAUGGUAUUGUCGACUUCUCCCUAGAUACAACUAACUGGAAAGACACCUUGGUUUCUCUGUGGGCCAGAUAUUCCCUUGAGAAUGCAACCCAAUUGGAGACAGUUCAGAGACUGGAUAAUGAAGAUCUUGCAUGGUUAAAGCCAUUCUACUCAGAAAGUAACAGUUUCCUUGAAAUCCAAUUUGUGGAGGAAAGUCUGUCCUGUGACAAGGAUAAUGAAAUAUUGGUGGAUUAUAUUAUCGAUCGGAAAGAAAUAGACCCAGAGGCUGACCAUAUAGAUUUCUACUUUUUGGUUAUAGUAAAAGGAAGGAUUAUUUCCAGUGGACAGAAGCAAGUGCCAGUUGGCAAAGAUGACACACUGAAAGGCACCUUCUCGCUCAGCCUGUCCGCGGGCCCUGAGAUGGCACCCACAGCCAGGCUCCUGCUUUACGCUGUAUUUACAGAUGGUGAGGUGGUGGCUGACCUUGAAGUCUUCCAAGUAGACGAGUGCUUCAACCAUAAGGUCACCCUGGACUUUUCAGAGGAAGAGGAGCUUCCAGGAUCCAAGGUUAAUGUCGAAGUAGCCGCUGCUCCAGGAGCACUGUGUUCUAUCCAUGCCGUGGACAAGAGUGUCCUCCUGAACAAGGAUGAAAUGCUGACAGCAGAAAACGUAUUUGAUCCUCACUUACCUCCAGACUUUGAUAUAAUUGGUGGACGAGGAUUCCCUUAUCGAUUGGAAGACUUUGAGCCAUACCCCUGUUUGGCCCCUCAAAAGCAGAAGCGCUCCGUGAAGGAAGCCCCUUGGUACCAGGCUGAGGCUGAUGUUUAUAGUCUGUUGAAGCAACUGAAGAUGAAAGUUUUAACCAACACAGAAGUUAAAAAGCCUGUUUCCUGUGAUCUACCACCUAGAGUGAUAACACCUUUAAGUGGUUUUGGAGAAAAGGGAGCACCAUAUCAUGAAUCUAAUGUGAUAGAAGAAGAGUCCCAGCAUCUUGAUUCCAAAAAGAAGAGAGACAAGAAGAAAGGCAAACCCAGAACACACUUUCCAGAGAGCUGGAUCUGGGAUUUAGUACCAGUCAAUGAGGAAGGGAAAGCAUCCUACCCAGCCACCGUUCCAGACACCAUUACAGAGUGGAAUGCCAAUGCUUUCUGUGUGGCGGAUAUUGGCUUUGGACUCUCCGAAAUAACCACCUUCAGAGUCUUCCAGCCCUUCUUUGUCGAUCUAACAUUGCCAUAUUCUGUGGUCCGUGGGGAGACCUUUCAGUUAAAGGCCACUGUCUUCAAUUACCUCAAGGACUGCAUCCAGGUGAGAGUAAACUUGGAGUCACAAGAAGCAGAAGUCAAUACAUGCCCAACCUGCCAGUAUACCAUCUGCCUCUGUGCUGAUGAAGCGAAGACUUUCUCCUGGAAUGUGACAGCUACUCAGUUGGGAGAGGUCAAAUUUUCCAUUACUGCUGAAGCUGAGAAGACCCAAGAGCUUUGCGGCAACAAAAUUUCUGUGAUUCCACCACGAGGACAGUCAGAUACAGUGAUCAAGUCCCUGCUUGUCAAGCCAGAAGGUGUCCCUGAAGAAAAGACCUACAAUGCAUUCCUCUGCUCCUCAGGAGAUACAAAGACAGAAGACAUUUCCUUACAGCUGCCUGAAGAUGUUGUGAAAGAUUCUGGACGAGCCAGAGUCUCUGUCAUUGGAGAUAUUUUGGGUCUCACAACAAACAAUAUAGACCAGCUCGUUAAUCUGCCCAUUGGCUGCGGUGAACAAAACAUGAUCAAGUUUGCUCCUAAUAUUUUUGUACUUCAGUACUUGGAGCAUACCAAACGUGUAACCCCUGAGUUCAAAGAGAAUGUAAUAGAAUUCAUGAAAAGUGGGUACCAGCGUGAGCUUCUCUAUAAACAUGAUGAUGGUUCCUACAGUACUUUUGGGAAGCGGGAUACCGAGGGAAAUACCUGGCUGACAGCUUUGGUGGCUAAGACUUUUCACCAUGCGAAACCCUACAUAUAUGUGGAGGAAAAGUAUAUUGAGGAUGCUGUUCACUGGUUGGAGAAGCACCAGCUUCCCAAUGGCUGCUUUCAAAGUGUGGGAAGAAUCUUCAACAAUGCUCUGAAGGGUGAUGUAGAUGAUGAACUCUCACUGGCAUCCUAUGUUACUGCCUCAUUGUUGGAGAUCAACUUGCAGAACAAGGUGGUUGAUGAUGCCUUGCUCUGCCUGAAGAGGAACUUGAGUUCUAUGAAUUUCUUCACUAAAGCAUUGUCAGCUUAUGCUUUCACAUUGGCUGGUGACACAGAAACACGACAACAGCUCCUUGCGGAAUUAGAUGAAGAAGGACUAGAGCAUAUAUCCGUUGAAAGUACAGCCUUUGUAAUCUUGGCCUAUCUCUCUAGGCCAGCAGUAUCGCCAGAUGACAUCAGCCAUGUCUCAGAUUUGGCAAAGAGACUUUCCCUGUGGCAGAGUAAAACUGGAGGAUACGGUUCCACACAGACCACUAUGCUUAGCACACAGGCUUUGGCAAAAUAUGCAGCCCUUACUUAUCAUGAGAUAGAAGACCUCAGGGUGGUUAUGAAAUCUGACAAGGGUUUCCAGCAUGAAUUUCACGUGGACAAGAAGAACCAGAUGGUGCUGCAGCAGACCUCUCUUCCAGCUGUCCCUGGUCAAUACCAUGUGGAAGUGUCGGGGAAUGGCUGCGCAUAUGUGCAGACUGUUCUUCAAUAUAACAGCCCACCCCCAAAGCCUGAAGCUUUUGCUCUGAGUACAGAAACAUCACCAGAGGAAUGUAAUGAAGAAUCCAGAAAGCAUUUUGUUCUCAAUGUAGAAGUGAGCUACACAGGACACCGACAGACAAGUAAUAUGGCCCUUAUAGAGGUGAACCUGUUAUCCGGAUAUGUCCCUGAGAAGAAAAUUGUGAAGACGCUGCUAAUGUUAAACCUUGUUAAAAAAGUGGAAUUUGACAAUGACAAGAUCAUCCUCUAUCUGGAUCAGCUGGAUAGUAAUGUCCAAAGGUACAACUUCACUAUGAAGCAGGAAAAUGAAGUGUCAGAUCUCAAGCCAGCAACAGUGAAAGUUUAUGAUUAUUAUCAGCCAGAAGACAAUGCAAUUGCAGAAUAUAAUGCUCCCUGCAGCACAGAAAGCACAACAAAGGAUCAGCAGUAGUUCCACACUUGAAGCAUGUGAUGUACUCAUGUGAUGGUUCAAAUUGAUGGAGAAGAUUACUGUCUCAUGCCUGUCAUUUGGAAGUGUUGUUCUGAUCUGUGUAUUAAUGUUCCACAUGUACAAAUAUCAAGAUAUGUAAAGAACUCCUACAUGUAAAAGUGGAGUUCAUUGACUUUCCCACUCUGCUUGCCAAUGCCAUUAUGCCCCAUAUUACAUCAUACAUUUCUCCCAUUAUUAUCUUUCCUAUCUGAAGACCCUUCUGGUGGGUGGAGGGAAGGUGCAGGGGAGGAGAAUAAAGAUAUUCACAUUGGCUUUUA